AUGUCUCUCCAAGUGCCUCAAGCUCACGACGACGAGCGAUCGCUCACGUCGGUCCACUCGGACGAGCCUCUCCAAAACAGGCAGUUUCUGCUUUCGGUGGGAGACCUUUCAAAACUCCAUGAUCCUAAGCUGUUGAUCCAUUUGCGCAGCUUGGGCGGCUCUCUGGCCCUAGCAGCACUACUUCACACGGAUCCCAGUCGUGGUCUUGAUGCCUCAGAUCCGACUUCUGCCAGACAAAAUUUGUACGGUACUAAUGUGCUUCCGACGCGUGCCGCCAAGGGCUUUUUCCAGCUCUGUUUCGAGGCCAUGAAGGAUAAGGUUUUGAUCGUCUUGACCGUCGCUGCCAUCGUCUCCUUGGCUUUGGGCCUCUACGAGACGUUCGGUCAUGAAACAAUGUACGACGACGAGGGCAUGCCAUUGCCCAAGGUCGACUGGGUUGAGGGUGUGGCCAUCAUUGUCGCCGUGGUGAUUGUGGUGGUUGUAGGCGCAGCAAACGACUACUCCAAAGAGCGCCAGUUCGCCCGACUCAACGCAAAGAAAGAGGACCGCGAUGUUGUGGUUGUACGUGAUGGUGUCCAGCGCAUGGUUUCCAUUUAUGAUCUUCUCGUGGGUGAUCUUAUCAGCUUGGCUACCGGAGACGUUGUCCCCGCUGAUUCCUUACUUGUUACGGGCGAGCUCGAAUGUGACGAGCUGGCUCUCACAGGUGAACUGGAAACCGUCAUUAAGAAGCCCGCUGAUGAAUCUCUUGAAUACUUUCAAUCGGUUCUGGCUGAAUUCCCAGGUGAGGAUAUUGGCUCCACCGCAGUGAAGUUCAAAGAUCCUUUCUUGAUUUCCGGAAGCAAGAUUCUCUCCGGCGUUGGCUACUCUAUGGUCACCGCUGUGGGCAAGCACUCCAUCCAUGGCCGGACCAUGGGCUCGCUCAACCAGGAGAACGGCGCCACGCCUUUGCAAGAGCGUUUGGACAACUUAGCUGAGGGAAUCUCCAAGUACGGUCUUUUGGCUGCUUUGGUCCUUUUCAUUGUUUUAUUUAUUCGCUUUUGCGUCAACAUUUCCGGUAACGGUCGUUUCAGUGACAUCUCCCCUACUGAAAAGGGUAAGAAGUUUUUAGAUAUUCUCAUCGUCGCCAUCACCAUUGUGGUGGUGGCGGUUCCUGAGGGCUUGCCUUUAGCAGUUACCCUUGCUUUGGCUUUUGCAACUACCAGAAUGGCCCAGAACGGUAAUCUCGUUCGUGUUUUGCGCUCGUGUGAAACUAUGGGUGGAGCCACCACAGUUUGUUCCGACAAGACAGGUACUUUGACGGAAAACAAAAUGAGAAUUGUUACAGGUUACAUUGACGAGGAGCAUCGUUUCGACGACACUCAUAAUGCUGAGAUGACCGCCAUCGAGAGGUCGUCCGAAAUGUUUGGAAAAGUUCCUCAACAAAUUAAGGACGUCAUUCUUCCAAAUAUCAUCAGCAAUUCUACUGCAUUCGACAAUCCUGACUACGACGAGGCUAGGGCUCUCAACGCUCGCAUCAAGCCAAAGAAGCAGAACUUGAUUGCACACCUCCUCUCCAACCAAAACGAGAGAAGACAAAGAGAGAUCCAGCAAAUGGGACUAGUUUCGGAGCCAUAUUUGGGUAACAAGACGGAGUCUGCUUUGUUGAUCAUGGCUAGGGAGAAAUUGGACCAAUUUACCAGUGUCCCACUCGACCAGCAGCGUGAUAUGAACUCGAAGGAUAUCGUGGAUGUCAUUCCAUUCGAGAGUUCGAGGAAAUGGUCGGGUAUUGUUAUGAAGACUCAGACCGGAUACCGCCUCUACGCUAAAGGUGCAGCCGAAAUUGUUUUCAAGAACUGUUCCCACCAUUUGGAUGCCGAUGGCGUUUCAGAGGCAAUGAGCAGAAUCGACAGAGACAAUGUCCUCAACACUAUCGACGGUUACGCGAACGAUGCCUUGCGUGCCAUUAUCCUUGCUCACAAAGACUUUGUUGGCGUGAAGAGCUGGCCGCCUGUCGGGAUGGAGGAUCCCGAGCGUCAGAACCAGGCUAACCCCGAGAUGCUUUUGGAUAUCAAUGCUUCCCCACACGAGUGUACCGAUGCACUCACUAUGGAUAUCUUGGUUGGUAUUCAGGAUCCACUUAAGGAGGGUGUUGGCGAGGCUGUCAAGCAGUGCAAGAUCGCCGGUGUGAAUGUCAAGAUGGUCACCGGCGACAAUUUGAACACAGCCAAGGCUAUCUCCAGAGCUUGCAACAUUCUCACCCCUGCUGAUUCAUCCAACCCUUACGCCUAUAUGGAGGGUCCAGCUUUCAGAGCUUUGUCGGAACAGGAAAGAACCAGAAUUGCUCCACGCUUGCGUGUUUUGGCCAGAUCUCAGCCGGAAGAUAAAAGAAUCCUCGUUGACACUUUGCGCAAGGCUGGUGAGGUUGUUGCUGUUACUGGUGAUGGUACCAAUGAUGCUCCAGCUUUGAAAUUGGCUGAUAUCGGUUUCUCCAUGGGUAUCAGUGGUACCGAAGUUGCUAGAGAGGCUUCCGAUAUUAUUUUGAUGACAGAUGACUUCACUGAUAUUGUGCAAGCUAUCAAAUGGGGCCGUACUGUUGCUGAGUCUAUCAAGAAGUUCAUUCAGUUUCAGUUGACAGUCAAUAUCACUGCUUGUGUUUUGACGUUUGUCUCGGCUGUUGCAUCUUCAAAUGGUGAUUCCGUUUUGACGGCGGUGCAGUUGUUGUGGGUGAACUUGAUCAUGGACACUUUGGCCGCAUUAGCUUUAGCGACUGACAAACCUGACGAUGCCUUACUCAACAGAAAGCCUGCGGGUAGAAGAAUGCCAUUGAUUAGUGUCUCUAUGUGGAAAAUGAUCAUUGGGCAAUCGAUCAACCAGUUGGUCAUUACUUUUAUCUUACAUUUUGCUGGCCGCCAAAUAUUCUUCGGCUCUCGGGAUCUCACCAACCAUGAGAAUAAGCAGUUGGAUGCCAUGACAUUCAACACUUUCGUUUGGUUACAGUUCUGGAAGUUGUUUGUCACCAGAAAAUUAGAUGAGUGUGAUGACGUGAGAAAUAUCAGAGACAGAAUCACGUUGGAGAAUUUGAACUUUUUCCAGCACCUCUUCAGAAACUGGUACUUUGUUGUCAUUGCACUUUUGAUCGGAGGCUGUCAAGUUCUUAUCAUGUUUGUUGGUGGUGCAGCAUUUAGCACCACUCACCAGACGCCUGCCAUGUGGGCCACUGCAAUAUUGUGUGGUGUGCUCUCUAUCCCAGUUGGUGCUGUUAUUCGUAUCAUUCCAAAUUACUGGAUAGUCAAGAUUUUCCCUACUCGCUUCGCCAAACAAUUCUUUUACUACGCUGGAUUUGAAUGGAUGAGCAAGAAGAAUAGAAAGAAGCACGCUGAAAGAGAUUUGGAAAAGGCUGAGGAGGAUUCGAAUGAAGACACCGAACUCGGUGGCGAAGAGAUAAAACAGAUUUCUGAAGAGCCUGUGCCACAAGCAGGAGCUAUCCAAGAAGGAACAUCUUAUCCAAAAGCCACUGAUCUGACGACCCUAGACCCUAAGGCUGCUUCAGUUGAAAAGACCGAAACUACGAUACCAAAGUAA